AAAAAAAUUUAAAAAAAAUAGAUUUUUUCAGUGCAUGGCGCAAACGAUGUUCCAUUCAUUGCAGUAACUAUAUCGGUGAAUACAAGCUGAUGAAGCCGCUUUUUCGAUUAUUUUUAGCACAGUAACCAAGUUUAUUCUUGUAAGUAAGCGAGAUGCUAUUAUAUCAUAUAAUAUCGAUAUAUACAUACAUAUAUAUAAACAAAAAGAUUAAAAUAUUAGAUAAUUGUAUAUACUUUGUCGUUUAGUCAGCCUGCUGGAUUGGUACCUUCAUCUAUAGAAGAUGUCAUCGACGAUGGCAAGUGAAAAACAACAGCGAAUCAUAGAAGCAAGGAUCCAGGCUUCUCCACCGAUCUAAACACUGCAUUAAAAUAGCAUAAAGCACAAUGCCUCAUAAAAGCCCAUAAAUUUUAGGCAUUUACCUUCAUUGAGACAGAAGUAUUUUGAGUAGCCUUCUGCUAAUCCCCUGUUUCCGUACGCAAGAAAGACGAUGUUCACCGCUUGUUUCCACUAGGCGCGGGCUUAGUUCCAUGUGGUAUGGUAAACCCAUGAAGCAUUCCGUGCAGCUUACCAGUAGGUCAUGUGUUCAACCAGUUGUAAUCCACCGUACCUCUUGUACGCUUUCGACGAGGCUCUGACGGCAUUUGAAGCUUAUCUAGAUUCGCUUGCUGAAACCUCAUCCCCUGAUAAAUCCGCAGGGACCUCACAGGUGUGCGUUGGUCGCUUCGGAUGCCUUUUGGUCGAUUACUUAAAUCUUAUUGAGGCGUGCGUCACAAAUCAUCCCGAUUUAAGCGAUCAGGUAGUCUGCAUCAAAUCACAACUCAUUCGACAUUAUGGACAACGCAGGGGAUCCCCAGGGCUAACAGCGCUACAGUCAGCUCUACGAGCCAUCUUCGUCGAACAACAACUUCACCUUGGUACUCCUACAUCGCCGCUUCGACCUCUUUCUCUCCAGCAAUAAAACACGUUGUUGUUAAACGAACUUUUACAAAGCAAAGGCUGAGAUAGCGAGUUCUAGGAGAAGUUAAUAGACGCCAAUAAAUUUUGU